AUAUUAAAACAUAAAAAAAAUAAUAAAAAUCAACACAUAACACAUGAAAUCAAUCAUAUAAUUAAAUUGAGAAGUAAUAAUAAUAUAUAUCUCACUGGAGAGAUCUAUAUUGAAAAUUUGUUUUGUAGGUGUAUAAAAUGAAAUAUUGAAGAAACCCUAAUUGUAAAAAGAUAUAAGGUGUAUUUUUUAUUGAAAGGAUGUAUAUAACACGAGAUACAUUUAAUUACUAAUGUGGUGGGUAUAAAAGAAAUGAAUAUAGCAGACCAAAUAUAAAAAGGUUCAAAAUUAAUUGCACGAUUGAAGCAUGUUCAAAAAAAAAAAAUUGCACGACUGAAUAAUUCAGGAAAAAUAAUUACGUACACACCGAAUCAAUUCAAAUUAAUUUGAGGUGCAAUUCAAAAGUUGUUCUAGGUUUUUAUAUAUGCAUGGUAUACCCAUUCCGAAAUUUUCAUGUAUGCAAGUCACACAAAUUAACAUCCUCUUUAAUAUACAUUUUCUUUCCUAAUUAAGCAAAUCACUCACCGUAUAUUAGCGAGGAACUCACUUAUAUGCAAUGAAUCUUAUUUCAAUUUAUCACAAGUGAUUUAUCAAAAAAAAAAAAAAAUAAUAUAUAUAUAUAUAUUGUAUUGGAUCUGGUAAAUUUAAAUAGAACUCAUUUAACCAAUAUUUUUUUUUUUUUGAUCGUCAUUUAACUCAGAUUUAUCUUCCCAGUUUCUGGCCUAAUACUUGUGUUGAGAACUAUCACCGACUUAACCCGAUGGCUAGCUCCUCUCCUUCCAUUUGGAUGUCUUGGCUUUAAGCUUCCUAAGCAAGGGUGAAAUACGGGCGGUUUAGAGGAUCAAUUCAGGUCCAACUCAAGUUGCAAAAAUUUUAAUCGUAACCCAGCCCAAGCUCAACUUUUAAUUUUUGAUAUUUAACUCAAGUAUUGUUCAAGUUAAUUUCGAAUUCAAUUUAGGUUGAGAUCAUGUUAAUUAAUUCGGGUCUAUAAUUUAAGCUCAAUUUCAGAUAUGACACAAUAGCUUGACUAACCUAAAUUUGAAAUAAAUUUAAUAAAAACUUAAAAUUGAGGGCGCGGUUGAAGUAGACUUAUAAAAGUGAUUUUUUAAAAUAGAGAAUAUAAUAUUUAAAUAUAUUUUAAUUAGUUAAAAUAGAGAGUUGUAUUAGAGUUGCUCUAAAUCAUCUUUACUUUUUCGAUUAAUUUAGAUUUAGAUUUUGUCUAAUAUAAUUUUUUUUCAAUUUUAACAAAUGAUACCCUCUAAAUAUAUAAUUUAAUUAGUACACAAUGGGUAAUUUACUCGUGAGAUAAAUUUAGGAUAACUUGCUAGAUUUAUCCUAAAAAAAUUCAAAUCGUUGUAGGUUAAUUGCGGAUAAUAACAAGUAUCAAAUAAUUAUAUUAACAAAUUAAAUCAAUUUUUUUAGGUAUUAAUAUUAUUAUUCUUAAACCUAACCAUCUUGAUAAACUUUUUUUUUUAUUGUAAUCACACCACCACUCAUAAUCUAAUACUAAAAUCAAUUGCAAUGGUAGGGAUGUUGUUCCGAAAUACUGCAUGCAAGUUCGAGAACUUGGAUUCAGGUUACAGGAACUUAUAGCAGAGAGUUUAGGCUUGGACAGGGACUCCAUAAAGAAUGUGUUGGGUGAUCAAGGACAACAUAUGGCCGUCAACUACUACCCACCUUGCCCAGAACCAGAGCUCACUUACGGAUUGCCUGGUCAUACAGACCCCAAUGCUCUCACAAUCCUCCUUCAAGACCAACAAGUUUCAGGCCUUCAAGUUUUCAAGGACGACAAGUGGUUGAAUAUCAAACCCCACCCAGAUGCUUUUGUCAUUAACAUUGGGGAUCAAUUACAGAACGUCAUGAUGGAAGCAAGAGUUUUCAAUUUGUGCAUUGAAGAUGCACUGAGCAAUGGGAAAUAUAAAAGUGUAUUGCACAGGGCAGUUGUCAACGCAGAUAAACCAAGGAUGUCAGUGGCCUCCUUUCUCUGCCCGUGCAAUGAGGCAAUCAUCAGGGCGCCAAAUGAACUCACCAAUGAUGGGUCUUCAGCCAUUUACAGGAGUUUUACAUAUGCAGAGUACUACAAGAAGUUUUGGAGCAGGACCUUAGACCAACAUUGCUUGGAACUUUUUAAGAACUAG